AUGGAAGCGCGACUUCCCGCGGGCUCCUCCCUCUCGCUACCAAUAGCAACUCCGGCCCUCUUUAAAGCCCCGCCCUUUCGGCCCCGCCCCUCCGCGGCCCGGUCCAAUCAGAACGCUCAUGCGGAUGGCGCGCCCGCCUACGGGCCUUGGGGGCGGGGCUCCUGUCACGUUGCGCGGAUGUGUGUAAAGUGUGAGGGAAAAGAGCGAGCGGAGGCGAAGGUCGGUGCUGAUGGCGGGUGAGUGAAUGGGUGAAGUGGGGCGCCCAGAGCCGGGUUGCCCCCCGCCACCACGUGCGUCCUGAAGACUAGCAACUUGGCUGGACGCGGUCCUUUUUGUGGGGGAGCGGGGAGGAGUAAAGGUAAAGAGUUGCCAGUUGGUGUUUGUUUUGAGGAGGAAUCACCUAAAAGACACGCACUUCAAUUCAGCUCAGUCGGUAGCGCAGGGAGGGUCUAUUAAUAUCAGGGUCGUGGGUUCGAGCCCCGCCUGCAUUAUAGGGGGUUGGACUAGAUGACCCUGGGGUCCCUUCCAACUCUAGGACAGAUAAAAGGGCGGGUUUGCCGUAAGGAUCGCAGUCAAAUAUUUCUCCGCUCCGGUUGAAGCUCCCUGUGGCCGUGGCCCCCCUUUGUCUUGAGGUCUCUCUCCUUGCCUGGCUUUUGCUCUCUCUUCCCAAUCGUGUGUCUGAAGAUUGCGUUUACUCCCAGAGCCCCGACCCUCCAUGAUAGGGAGCAGGAGAAAUCUGUUUUGCUUCUGUGGUUUUUUUUCCCUGUGGGUUUUUUUUUGGGGGGGGGGAGCUGCUUUGCUUUCUCUAGGACGGGGUGAAACUUCGCCUGGAGUCGUUUUCUGCUGCUCGGUUGCGUUAAAAGCCUCCAAACCUCAAGGGGGGCGGGGCGGGGAAAUGGGCUGGGAGAGACCAGCACAGCAGCCUCUCGGUGCCUUGCGGUGGUGGUGAAAAGAUGCGCCCAUUGUUUAAACAUUGCAAUCAAAAGUAUAGAACUCCUCCCAGGUCUCCACCUCUUUCUCUCCCCCCAGCCCACUUCCCAGGAAUGAUAAUAAGCAUUUUUGCUGUGUUUCCUUUUGCCUCUCCAUGAUUUGCAGCAUUGUAUCUGUUCCUCCACCAAAUCGUACUGUAGUGGUGGCUAUUGAGAACAGGGUGACACAAGGAUGGGGCGGGGGGGGGGUGAUACCUUGUGUAUAUAUAGUUUGAUUUCUAUCAAUGAUUAGUUGUUUUCCAGUUUUUUGUUGUUUUACUGUGCUCUUAUUUUUAUCCAUAAGCCACUUAUAGUCCCUGUCAGGGGAAAAGGUGGAGUAUAAAUAAAUAAACAUAAUAAUAUACAAUAAUAAUUAGUAUUGGGCUAAGCUAUAGGGAUCAUUGGGAUAGGGCCCGCUGUUUAAAGAAAGAUCUUUUUCCUGCUGUGGGGAUGUCCACUAAAUAUUUUGGUAUAUACGUACGCGUGCACACACUCUUUGUUCCCUUCAUCUUUAACAGUUCUUUACAGGUAUGGUCUUCACCUGUCGCAAGAAGACAUGUGUUUCAGAUUAAUUCUGGGGCAGCAGGGAGAGAUUUAGACAGUUGGCUGCAAAAACAUUUUUUGAAACUAAGCAAUGGUCUCUGCAUCAUCUAAUCUAGAGCACCAGAAAGUUCAGGAAGUAAAAAUCUGUAGGCCUAAUUUGCUUGGUCUUAGCUACCAUGUCAGACUAUUGUGGGAAUGGAAUUCCACUUCACCCAUAAUUUAAGAUUAUUCAGGAAUGUGGCUCAUUUGCUUUCUGUUCAGUUAGCCAGGGGACCUGAGUAGUUGUGCAGGUAGUUAUGAGUAGGUUCCUCACAAAACUUUGCUUCAGCACUUGUCAGUUAAACACUAUUUCCAUUUCCUCCAUUUUAAGACACACACACAGAGAGAGAGAGAGAGAGAGAGAGAUGUCUGGGGCACACUGCCCUGUUUUCCCCCCACUUCUGUUCAUGCUAGCCUCAUUCAGAUCUUCAUGCCCCCAAUGUUACUAGGUGCCACUCAACCCCCAACCUUCCCUGAUGAGACUUUCAGGCAUGUUUAGGGGAAAACUUAAAAACCUCUCCUCCUGCCCCUCCUCAUUUAAGAGUCUCCUUUUAAUAAGAUGUGGAGUGCACAAGAUCCCUUGCGGGCAGAUCUUGUGUAAAACUUCUAUGCAAGUUGUGUUACCCUGUUCAGGACUAUUGCCAGAAAAGAUCUAUUGUGCAGUGUUUUUCUCCCCCUCCCAAUUCAGCUUGGAUUUAUUAUUUUCUUGCUUAGAGUUGAUUGCUCGUCUUUUGUGACAUCACUGCCUGCAAGCAUUUCUGAGAGUGCUUUUCAAGCUUGCUUUUCCUCUGUUGCACUGGCUUUGAAAAAAUUAUUAAUCCUGCCUCCCAAGAGGAAGCCCACCCUGUUAUAGGAAAAUAAGAAGCUUGUUGCACAGUAUGGACUUUGGGGUUUUGACAAAACAUUACAAUCCGCUGGAGUUGGACAGUGGAGCUGCUGGUGUUUAUGGUCCUGUACCAGACUAACAAUUAGCAAAUCAUUUUCACUCUUCCAUUGCUUCAUCUAGUGUUAUAUAAGCAAGUGAAAAAAUGCCCUGGAAGUAAUUCGUAGGAAUUCAUGGUGGCACUUGGCAAGUCGGUCCUGAUUGGCGUGCCUCCCUGUGGGCCAACUUGCAGCCUGGGAGAAGCCCUGAGGAGCUCCGUCUACCAUCUCACUUGGUGAUGAGUUCUGGAGCACUCAAAAAGCUUGUGUAUUAUUUUGUGAUAUUUUGGUUGCCCAAAUAAAGGUCAUGCCCUAUGGAGGACUUGCAGGUUUGUUUUUCCCUUAACAGCCACCACAGCUACCCUUACUUUUUUGUGUUGCUUCUGUGUUGCAGAAGUUAAUGCCCAAUGGUUAGCGUUGUACAGCAUUUUAGAACAGUGGUAGGGAGUGACUGGCCCUGCCAAGUAUGUAUUGUUCGCCUCCAGCUCCAGACAGCGUGGCUGAUGGUCAGGUUGGGUGGGAGUUGUAGCCCAGCAAUACCUGGGUUUUUGAGACCAUUUUGUGGUCCAACUUUGCACAAUGGAGGGGUCAUCUCCAUACCUAUGCACUUAUCUGCAGAUUGAAUCUCCUGCUUUGGUUAUACUCCUGUAAUAAGGUGUGGAUUCCUUCCCUCCACACUUCCCUUGGAGGCUUUCACUCUCUGAACUGCACUUUGGGUGGGGGCGGGGAGAGUCUCAAGUCCAAGAAUAUCCCCCUGAGCUCGUUUUCUUCAACCAGGGGUGGGGCAUCUGUGCCCCUCCAAACGUUUCAAGCCUGCAGCUCCUAUUUUCAACCAUCCUGGCUUCUGGGGCUGGUGGGAGCCAAAAUCCAGCAGCAACAGGCUCCCCGCCGUAAACAGUCAUUGUUGUGACCCGAGGAAGCAGCUCAGCCAAAAGGCACUUUCACCAGACCAUUUAAAACAUGACAUGGUCCUGUUUUUGUUUUUUGUUUGAAUUUUAUUUCUUUCUUCCACAAGUACUGUUUUGUUGGUCCCCAGAUAAAGCUGCAAACAAUGUGAAGCUGGGACUCUUGCACAUCACGUCCCUCUGCUUGGGUUUGGCAAGCAAGCCAUGAGUCAAUAAGAAGAAUUUCAGGUUGGGUGUUAACAAGCAUUAUGUAAUAAUGGAGAGGAGCAUGAGACUCAAGGCAGUGUCUCCUGGAGUGUCCUGGGAGCUGUUGUGAACAGAACUUGCAGUGGAAUCUGUGGCAGUUUCAAAAGUUCUCUUUUCAGUAAACAUGCUGAGGAUUGUACUUCAUGUUUUUUUGCCCAGAUUUUUUUAGCAUGUGGUGUAUUAACUCGGACGGUCUAUUUGAAAAAGCCUUUUAUGGUACCUUUACAUUCGGUUAUAGCAGAAUUUAUUGUCCUUACUGUAAACUCGUCUUUUCUUUGUUGAAGAAUACCUUUCAAGUUGUGCUGUUCAGGAGUUCUAGCUUAGAUACACAUGAUCAUCAAGACGCUUACUUUUUCUUUGGCUUUUGAUGCAUUUUUCUUGAGGAGGCUGCCUAGCAAGGUGGCAACACCCCUCAAUUUAAUUAGAAAGGGAGUCUGUUGCCUGCAGCCUUUCAGCAGGUUGACUCCAGUUUCUGUUCACCAAGUAUUGGUGAACCGCCUGCAAGUGUGUGGUGGAGCAGCAGCAGUGACUUGGCUGAAGCACUGAGAACCAAGCUCUGCCUGCUCUUGUGUGACACACCGGGGAUGGUUCUGUGUGUGGGGUCAGCCAGCUAUUCACCACAAAGAUAUAUUCGAAAAAAGCAAGUUUGCUGAAAUCCACCAAAGCAAAAUCUCUCUUUGGGUGUUCUUUUCCCUCCUGUAAUUGUGCAGUGAGCACAGUCAAAGUUCCAUAUCUCAGGAGGAGCCUCCAGGAGUGCUUGAAAUAUGGGGACAAUUAUGUGUCAGGGUGCUGGGCGUCUCCCUCCCAUGGCUGCAGUGGUAAUCAGGUCUUCUGAUGGACCCAAAUGUGGUUAUGGAAAUGCAGCAGUCUGGCUUCAGUGCUGAGACAUUUCAAAAGGAGUAAGAUGCACCAUCCUCAUCUGGUUAUGGGCUAUUCUUCUCUCUUAGUGGAGAUGUUCAUCAUCAUUAGCUUGUCUUUCUCUCUCUCACUCUCCCUCCACUUGGCUUUUGUUUUACCAGGAUGAAGGCGCUGCAGGAUGAAAGCGAAGGGGAGAUGGAGUCGUUGAAACCAAAGGCUUCUGCAGCUCUCAGUCGGGAGAGCUGUCUGAAGCUAACUCCCCACAAAAAUCUGGGGCCAUUGGGUCAUCUUCAGAUGGAGAGGAUGCAGUGA